GACGACCCCGAAGAAAGCCUCAGGCUGGGGCGAUGAAACGGACCUUUUCAAAGUUGAAAAAAUUAUUCAAGUUAAAUAAAAGAAACAGUCGUCCUGAUGACACUGACAUUUUGUUCAAUGACCCAUUUGAGGAGGACAAUGUCAGUGUCAUCAGUGACAUUGUUCAAGAAAAGUCCGUUGAGCAGUUUUUUGUUGAAGAUAUACCGCGAAUAAAACCCGACUCCUUUUCUACCGUCAAAACUUUUUACGAUCGUGGCUUCACGACUGUCUCUAUGGUCAAGAUGAAUGGGAAAAUUAUGGCUAUGAAGAAGUCGCUGAUUGGUGAAAACAUGACACGUGAACAGCUGAAUAACGAGCUACGCAUCUUGAGCAUGGUCACUCAAGAUGGUAGCUCGGCCUUCCUUCAGCUGCGAGCGGUAUGUACUUCACCAAUCAGCGCACUUAUAUUGACCGAUUUCGUGGGCAGUGGACAAACAUUAAAUAGUGCGGUUGCUGACAAUAUAUACCGAGAAUUAAACCCGACUUCUUUACAGUCAUCAAAACUUUUUACGAUCGUGGCUAAGGUGGGCGGACAAAUUAUGGCCAUGAAGAAGACGCUGAUUGGUGAAAACAUGACACGUGAGCAGCUGAAUAACAAGCUACACAUCUUGAG